CGACCACCAUCUCCGUCGCGUGCUGCGGCCUUCUGCGCGCAACGAGCUCCUCUUCAGUUCAGAUUGCACCGACCGCUGUUUGGCAUGGCCACUGUGAUCGACGUCUCUGGGAGAUUGGGGGAGUACAUGCUCAAGGGUUGGAUUUUGACCGACAGGAUCUGUACCGAAUGCUCAAAAGUGCCUCUGAUGAGGUCGCCGCCCUCCGCUCCCACUGAAACGUACUUCUGUGUUAACUGCGAUCCGGCUCCGUCUUCCGGGUCUACCGCAAACGUAUCGACUUCCCGGCCUUGGAGAACGUCCGCUGCACACCAGGCAACCGCCUUUCAAGAUUACCAAUCAACAUCCAGCAUCUCCAACAGCAGCGGAAUGUCAAGAUCAUCCACGCCGCCCACCGAGGUAUCAAACGUACCGAGUUCACCCACGUUCGCUCCCAUCAUGGACACUGCUGAGCUUUUGCGUCGUCGUCAACAAUCUGACACCGCAUCAGCUGAGAUAGGCAGAAGGAUGCUCACAGGAUGGGCGAUGCUCGCAGACGAGUGUCCCAGCCCCGGCUGUCAUGGAAUUCCCCUCGUGCGUCCUCCGAAAGUAGGGGCAAAUGUCGACCCGAGGAAGGAGUGUGUGAUCUGCAGGAUCGUAUAUAUUGUUGAGAAGGAUGCCUAUGGCCAGGACCGCCUUGUACCGAUGCAGCCUUCGCUCUCUCCGGCGGUAACUUCCCGGGCACCGAAUCCUGCCCUCGUUGCUCCGUCUCCCCCUUCGCCGGUGUCUGCAGACAAAGGAAAGGCAAGAGCUUAUCCAGAGGUUCAUUUGCAACCGCAAGUGGCCGCUUCCCCCCAGCAAUCCAGCAAAAGCGCUCCCGUGCAUCUAGGGUCUGCUACGUCCUCAGCUCUCGAAGAUACCGCUCAAUCUCUUGAAUGCACCCUGGUUGUUCUCUCGGAGCGAUUACAGACCUACGCUAGCGGAUCCAUCAUCGACCCGGGGCCAAUCGGUCAGACGGCCGACGCAAUCUCCAAGGUUUCGCAAGCUCUCCUUCAAGUAAAACAGUUACUCUGGAGUGAGAGGCAAGCGCUUCUUUCAUAGAAACCCUGCACCCUCCCGCACACCUCAUGACCUCAGAUGUGGCUGCCGCGCGAUAGUGGCCACGGCGUCAUCUAUUCAAUACUUAGGAUGGAUCAGGGGCAGGAGGCGUUGGGGAUGCCAGACGGGAGGUGGUCAUAGUGUGUAUCAGAGUGUACGAGCAGUCUGCACAGCUUGUAUCAAAACCUGCGGGCAACCGCGUUUCG